ACAGAGGUGCGAUUUAGCAAUCUGACCCACGAAACCAAAUGAAGAAGACACGGAGUAUGAACUGAUAAAAAUGUUUCUGUUUGGUCAAAGUCACGAUCUCUAACCCCUCUAAAUAACGACAGCAGCGUGUCGAGUUCUUGUGCUCGUUUUUAAUCUACUGUUCCGAUACCUUGACCCUUUCAAGAUGGCUGCCUCAGCGCGCCUCGUCGUCUCACUUUGACCCAACUGACGCAAUUUUACCCCGUCUGACGUCCGGACGUCGGGUCGAACAAUUUCUGGGUCUGGUUUCGGAAAGCUGUGCUUUUUCUUUUCUGCUGCCUCAAGAAAGCUGUCCACUAUGGCAUUAAGAAGAGUGUGUCGUCUCCUUGGCCGGCCGCAGAGAUGCGUGUUCACUUCAGGGUUCAGGGCUCAGGGCACAACGGCACAAGCUCAGAGAGAGGCAGAGAAGGGUGUCGAGAAAAAGCAAGCCAAAGCACCAAAAGUACAGUUUAACUGGCGUGAUGCCCUCGACCUGGAGGGUCUGCUGACGGAGGAGGAGAUUAUGAUCCGAGACACCUUCCGCACCUACUGUCAAGAGAAGCUCAUGCCACGCAUCCUGAUGGCCAACAGAAAUGAAGUUUUCCAUCGUGAGAUUUUGAAUGAGAUGGGUGAGCUAGGAGUUCUAGGCCCAACCAUUAAAGGUUACGGCUGUGCUGGAACGAGUUACGUUGCAUAUGGACUGAUUGCACGCGAGGUGGAGAGAGUGGACAGCGGGUACCGCUCCGUGAUGAGUGUGCAGUCCUCUCUAGUCAUGCACCCAAUCAAUGCCUAUGGCACAGAGGCACAGAAGGAGAAAUAUCUCCCCAAGCUGGCACGAGGAGAGAUUUUGGGCUGCUUCGGCCUUACUGAGCCCAACCAUGGCAGCGACCCUGGCAGCAUGGAGACCAGAGCCAAGUACAACGCUUCCAGUCGCACUUUCACCCUCACAGGGUCCAAAACAUGGAUCACAAACUCUCCUGCGGCUGAUAUUUGCGUAGUCUGGGCCAAGUGUGACGAUGGUAAAAUACGUGGUUUUAUCCUGGAGCGGGGCAUGAAAGGUCUCAGCACCCCCAAAAUAGAGGGCAAGUUCUCACUGCGCGCCUCCUCCACCGGCAUGGUCGUCAUGGACGAUGUGGAGGUGCCUGAAGAGAACCUGCUGCCCAACGUGUCUGGACUCGGGGGCCCAUUUGGCUGCUUAAACAACGCUCGCUACGGGAUCGCCUGGGGAGCGCUAGGAGCAGCAGAGUUCUGUUUCCAUGCAGCACGUCAGUACACAAUGGACAGGAUCCAGUUUGGAGUGCCGCUGGCCAGAAACCAGCUGAUGCAGAAGAAGAUGGCAGACAUGCUAACAGAGAUUACACUCGGCCUGCAGUCCUGUCUGCAACUGGGCAGGCUCAUCGAUCAGAAGAAAGCAAGUCCCGAGAUGAUCUCCAUGCUUAAGAGGAACAGCUGUGGCAAGGCCUUGGACAUCGCCAGACAGGCACGAGACAUGCUGGGUGGCAACGGCAUCUCUGAUGAAUACCACAUCAUCCGCCAUGUCAUGAAUUUAGAGGCUGUCAACACGUACGAAGGUACUCAUGAUAUCCAUGCUCUGAUCCUGGGCAGAGCCAUCACAGGCCUGCAGGCCUUUACUGUGGAGAAGUAAAACACUACUUCAUUGCCCAAAACAGUCUAGCACUUGUACUACACAGAAUGCUGCUGGCUUUUCAUAAUGAAUAUACUGUUUGGAACAAAUGUUUAAAGUGAGAGUGAAUUUCUGCCUAUUCUAAGUUGUCUAAACGUAAUUAUCUUCAGUUCAUCUUUAUCUUCGGAAGACAUUUGAAAGUAUUUUUGUACUCUGAACAUAAAUCAGUGACCCCUUGGGUUUGUAUAUAAAUUGUAAUGUCGAUUUAAAAGUAGUGAAAGAGAGGACAUGAGCGUUGUCGACACACAGUAAAUUAAAGUUUUAGAAAUAAAUGUCCAAAUCUGAAAGUAUUGAAAAACUGAAUCCAGCAAAAGUAAGCUAGAGUGUGCAAUUGUUUUUGGUUGCUGUAAGAGGAUACAGAUUAUAUUGUGUUAGCGGUUUUUAAAAAUGAGCAUAUAUCGGUUAGUCAGGCACAGAUAAAACAGAUUAUAUUUUAAUUCACUGUAAAUUUUAAGCAUCACAUGCAACGCAGCUCACCUUAGAACUGGAUUAUAAAGACAAAAUGAAAGCAAGAAGGGUGAUGCUAUAUCCCAGUUUGUAAGGUGGAAUUGAAACUUCAUCUGUCUUUAAAUGUGCAUGGUCUGUUUUAAGCUGGCCUGACAUGUAGCAUUUGCUUGCUAUGACAAUAAACUGACUUGUGAUCAUU